UGCAAUGGCCACCAUGAUCUCCUGCAAAUUAGCAGUGCAUCACCGUAACAGCAGCAGGAGCUACCACAUUAUUGCUGCCUCCGAAUCGCAGUCGCUCAGGCGAAGAAGCAUUUCAUGGAGUUGUUGGCAGAAGCAGCAGUGGCGGCAGCAGACAAGGUUGCAAUGCCGCCAACUGCAGCAGGAUACCAACCCAAGAACAGAGCGAGAUCUUGACGACGAGGGUGACAGACGUCUGAGGCAGAACGCCAGCACUUUCCACCCAUCUAUAUGGGGAGAUAUCUUCCUCGGUUACUCCAACCCAGCAGCAGCUUCAUCGCAACAGCAGAUUCAGAUGACAGAACGAGCUGACGAACUCAGGGAAGAAGUGGCCGAAAUGAUAGCAAGUUCAACUACAACUGCUAGUAGGCUGCACCUUAUCGAUGCAUUGGAGCGUCUAUGCUUGGAUCACCUGUUCGAAGAUGAGAUUAGUGCUGCACUUGCACAGAUGGAGACCGCUGAUGUCAGUGACUACGAUCUUGGGACAGUAGCAUUGUGGUUUUGUCUACUUCGGAAACAUCGAUACAGGGUCUCGUCAGAUGUAUUUGUGAGGUUCAAAGAUGAAAAAGGUGGUUUUCUAGUGGACAGUCCUCAAGACCUAUUGAACCUUUACAAUGCUGCGCAUAUGAGGACCCAUGGAGAGGUAAUACUUGAGAAAGCCAUACUGUUCAGCCAAAGGCGUUUAGAAACAAUGAUACCCUACAUGGAAGGGUCAUUAUUGGCACGUGAAAUAAAAUCUGCACUUGAGAUCCCUCUCCCUAGAAGAGUUAGAAUUUACGAGUUAAAGUACUACAUCUCUACCUAUGAGAAAGAUGCCACAGUGCAUGAGAAGGUGUGGCAACUUGCAAAGUUGAACUCAAAUAUAAUGCAGCUGCAUCACCAACAUGAGCUGGGUAUCAUUACAAGGUGGUGGAAGGAUAUAGAUAUUGAAUCAAGGCUUCCAUUUGCUCGAGAUAGACUCGUGGAGUGCUAUUUCUGGAUACUAGGGGUAUACUGUGAACCAUGUUAUUCACGAGGACGAAUAAUAAUGACAAUGAUGACUGCCAUUGCGACCCUUUUGGAUGAUAUUUAUGAUUCCUAUGCAACUCCAGAUGAAUGUGAAUUAUUUACCAAGUGCAUUCAAAGCUGGGAUUCAAAGGGGGCUCAUGAUCUUCCAGAGUGCAUGAAAUUUGCUUUGGAGAAGAUAUUCGAUAGUUAUGAAACCAUUGAAAAUAUGCUUCACCAGGAGGAGAAAUAUCGCAUGGCGUAUCUAAGAUACUUUGUAAAAGACCUAGUUAGAAGCUACAGCAAGGAGGUAAAAAUGCUUCAAGAAGGAUAUAUUCCAAAGUCUGUUGAAGAACAUCUUAAGGUUUCAGUCAUAACUACCACAUGCCCCUUUUUGUCAUGUGCUUCCUUCGUUGGGAUGCAUGAUAUAGCAACAAAGGAUUUCUUUGAUUGGGUUUCCAGUGUACCUAAAAUGGUACAGGAACUUUCCGUGAUUCUUAGACUCGUAGAUGACCUCGGGUCAUAUGAGCGAGAGCAACUGAUCCCUCAUGUUGCAUCGACAAUCAAUAGCUACAUGAAGGAGCAUAAUGUCUCCAUUGAAGUUGCACGUGGGCAGAUACAAGUACUCAAAGAGAAAUCAUGGAAAGAUUUUAACAGCGAGUGGCUCAACCCUGACAAUGAUGCCUAUCCAAAGCAGCUACUGGAGAGGAUAUUCAACUUCACGCGGACAAUGGAAUUCAUUUACAAGCAAGGAGAUAACUUCACAAAUUGCCACAAUCUAAAGGAUACCAUCCAUUCGUUGUUGUUGGCUGAACCAUUUAUGAUCCCCAUUUAGCACUAUGUGUUGUUGUAACAACUGAAUCAUAACAUCUAAUUUAUAUGUAUAAUGUUGGAUUACCUUA